CUAAUAUGAAUAAUCGGCGCCUUGCUUCCGCGUUCUCUCUUCCAAUUCCGCCAGGAUGGCGCCUGCUCGGGUUGUAUACUACCAAGUGCUAGGGCUUUUAGUUCCAAUGACUCCAUGGCUCUUUACCAUGGCUGCUGCGCACUCUCAUGCGAACGAGUUGGACGAGGAAAAUGCAUCAAAAGCCGUGGAUUCCAUACUUUGGAUACACAUCUUUCUCCAAGCUUUAAUCUGGGGUGUACUAUUUCCUGCGGGGAUGGUCUUCGGAAUUGCUAGAAGUAGAUGGCAUGUUCCCUUACAGAGUACCGGAAUCGCGUUGACUUUAGGUGGAUAUAUUCUUGGACAUUCUCAUAAAGGGCGCGCCUUUCUCGCUAGCGUCCACGGCAUAACGGCCAACCUUCUUCUCAUUCCGAUCUUUACUCAGCUCUUCCUCGGAAUUUAUCUCAAGCUACACAUCAAUGAAAAGACGCUUCGUCCUUGGGCUGUACGUCUACACGGCACAGUCGGAAAAUGUUAUCCUAUCCUUGGGUGGACACAAAUGCUGUUCGGGGCUAUCACUUUCCGUGGUUAUUGUCGUGGAGGACAUCUCGGACAGUGUCUCGCUCAUUAUAUCAUGGGUAGUGGAUUCAUCGCAUACGGGAUGAUCAUGGCUAUAUUGCUUCUGGUCGGCGAGGCGUGGGUUCGUCGAAGUGGGAGGAGUCCUGAGUGGUGGGACUCUUGGGUUAUAAUGCUUUGGGGCAUUGUCAAUACGUUCACAGAGCACCGUGGCUCUAGUUGGUCGGUUAAAGAUAUGCAACACACUAUUCUUGGUGUCCUUUGGUGGACAGGAGGGGCUCUAGGCAUUUUUCUGGCAAGGAACAACCAGCGAACGGUGAUACCCUCAAUAAUAAUCAUCCUCACAGGCUGGGCCAUGUCAGAACACGCUCAGGCGCUGAUGAUCUCUACUCGUGUUCACGCCCUCUUCGGAUACACACUUGGGCUGGCGGGUGUCACUCGUAUCAUCGAGAUAUGUUUCUUUGUCCCUACUUUUGCUAAUUCCGGCGUUGGAGGUUCUGCCCUUGUGCCGGAUGAUAGUAAUAGUGAUCAUACACUGGCGGAUGCUUCACUCAGUCCACGAGAGCCGUACGCGCCGACGGCAGACAGUGUCAUCAUAGAGGCGAAAGAGGAUAAAAGCGCAGCCGGAAAGGUCUUCCGCCACUUACCUCCUUUCCUUCUUGUUUCAGCUGGUAUCCUUUUCAUGUCAGCCACGGAUGAAGAACUCGAAUUUGUACAUGAAAACGAGAUGGAUCAUGUCACGUAUAUUCUCAUCAUGUUCUGUAUCUCUUUCAUCCUUUACCUAGUCACGGUUUCACUCAUCAACCUAUACGCGACCUCCGGACGUAACGCUUCGUCAUUCCAUUCGCGUACUCAUCCUUCAGGUUACGAUGAUACUGUUGUCGGCGGAAUUGAGCUGCGAACACCCUUAUCUGCCAGUGCUGCGAAUAAAUGGUAUGCUCGAGUGCCGUCGAGGUCAGGGGAACCUGUUCGGGAACAACAACAUAUUUUAGGUGAAGAUGACGAUGAGGAGAAUUAGAGAGAAUUGGGGUGAUGGUAAGCUGUUCGAUUGUCUCUGGUCGGAUGUAAUACAUUUGGGAGUUGGUUUGUUUCAAAUGCUAUCAUUGUUGUCGUACUACUAUGUAUGUACAAAUCACUAGGCAUUACACUAAUGUUAAUGGCUAUGUAUGUUGUAGUUAGAGAUCUGUCUGAAUGGUAUGCUGUGUCUCAGUACUAUGGUAUUUAUGGAUAUGCACUGUGCAAAGAUAUGCAACUCGUCAAAAUUGCCUUUUUUCAUAAGCAUCCC